AUGUUGGUUCUGGUUCUGGCUUUGUGCGUGUGUGAUGUUGCCAUGGAGAAGGGUUUUGCUAGAGGGGAGAGCACAACCGGGCCCCACCUCCAAGCUGGGGCCUUACUCCACAAGGAGGCCCACCUCUACACUGGGGCCCAUCUCUGCACUGGGGCCUUCCUCCUCAGUGGGGCCCAUCUCUGCACUGGGGCCUUCCUCCACAAGGAGGCCCACCUCUACACUGGGCCCACCUCCACACUGGGGCCCAUCUCUGCACCGGGGCCUGUCAUUCGCAUCAUUAGCAUACAACUGAGACGGGCCGCCUCGUCCUGCUCCCGCCGCUCCAUCUCCAUGGGGGACUUCCAGAGGGCGUCCGGGGCGCUGGGGGCCCCGGCCCGGUCCCAGCCCCCCUCGGCCCCCUCCACGGCGCCCGCCUCGCGGCUGGUCACGCCCAGCUCCAGCAUGGAGUUCGAGGCGGCGCGGCGGCGCCUCCUGGAGGUGGAGGAGCGCCAGCGGGUCAUCCGGCGCAUGGAGAGCCGCCUGGAGGAGCUGCGCCAGGUAUUCGUCCAAUCGGAGCGGCAGGCCGCAGAGCACGGCGAGCUGGUGGGGCGCAUCACGGCCUCCGCCCAGCAGGGGGAGCUGCUCGCCGCCGAGAACGGCCAGCGGCUGAAGAAGGGCCUGCGCUUUAAGAAGCACCGCCCCACCAUCGUCUUCUCCUCCAUGCUGGGGCUCCGCACCUGCCUGCCCUGGCCUGUCAAGAUGAAGUGA